AUGUCCCAAUCGAUCCCCCCGUCGCAAACUCCUGAUGCCGCCGCCCAAGUCGCCGGACAGUCCUCCUCCGCUGCCUCCCGCACCACCGAACUCGCCAGUCUUAAGGUAAGACUGCGUGGCGCCCUCCGUCAAUUCCCCGAUUUCCCGUCGCCCGGCAUUCUCUUCGAGGAUAUCCUCCCCAUCUUCGCCGACCCGACCCUCCACGAGGCCCUCCUGCGCUGUCUGGAGCUGCACCUCCUCGAAUCCUACGGCGGCCAGAAGCCCGAUGUCAUCGUCGGCCUUGAGGCCCGCGGCUUCCUGAUCGGCCCUAGCCUGGCCCUGCGCCUCGGCGCCAGCUUCGUGCCGGUGCGCAAGCAGGGCAAGCUACCCGGCCCAUGUGAAACCCAAGCCUACGAUAAGGAGUACGGCCAGGACUUUUUCCAGAUGCAGGCCGACUCCAUCAAGCCGGGCCAGAAGGUCAUCGUUGUCGAUGACAUUAUCGCCACCGGUGGCUCCGCCUACGCGGCCGGCCAGCUCAUCAACAAGAUGGGUGGCAACCUGAUGGGCUUUGUCUUCAUCCUCGAACUCGACUUCCUCAAGGGCCGGGAUAAGCUCCCCGCCCCUGUCUACACGCUCCUCACGGGGCAGGAGAAGAAGGACUAA